AUGGAUUCAAGUACUAGUAUUGCAUUAAAGGCCACAAUCGAUGGCAACAUCAGAAAAGCCUUGCCAUUGAUGAUAUCUUUAGGUAGUAGUUCUAUUCCUGGUUACUUCACAACAGAUAACCUACCUGCAGACAAAAUUUCCGGAUUAAUAUCUGAUGUAACUCCAAAUGUUAUUAUUAAUGUCCAAGAAAACGCCAAUACAUAUAUCGAUUUCUUCGGUGUAAAAGAUACUUCAAAAGCCGCUCUUAAUUACUCCAUUACUGGAGCAAGUGGAAAGGCACAAGCUUUAAAGCUUUUGAAUUCCAACUCUGUAACAGGUUUAGUAAUAAUUAAAAGCACAAUCAUUGAUUGUGAUACAGAUCUAACAAUUGCAUUCAAGAAAGUAGUUAUUCAAGAUUGUUAUUUCUCUGCAGCUGCAGCCAAAGUCGUACAGUUUUCUUCAAGCAGUGAAAUCAAUAUUACAAUGACUUGGGAUCAAUUUGUUUCAUUUGGAACAAACAAGAAAGUCAAUGGUCCGGUUGAUUUCACAAAUGCAAACUUGAAAGUAUUAGCAACUGGUCUUCAAUCACUUGUUUAUUCUAGUGUUUUAUCAAUUUAUCCAGAAAAUCCAAGUAAUAAAUUUGAUAUGUCACUUAAUGAUGCAAGUCACAUUCCAACAUUUGAAUUAUCAUAUGUGUCAGUACUUAUCAAUAUCAUAAACACCAUCAACUUGCUAUAA